AACCCACCCAAACCCCUUCCUUCCCCCCAUUCCCAUUCCCCCCAAAAGCAAUGGAGAUUUGCCAAGCCACCUUGACGAUGAUCGACUCUGAAAUGGCCCCGGGCUCUGAUCAGGUAUAGCACCUGCUUAUGACAGAGAUGAAGACAAGCCUAGUUCUCAAGGGCGCCUUUUUGUUUUUUUGUUUUGUGCAAUCAGCCACAAUGGCAGCUCAGGACGCCUUGUCUGAAUCAUCGCUAGCGUCGUCGCUCUUUCACUUUCUCACUUGUUGUAACAUCCUAAGAUCGCUUAAAUACAGCGGCACAGUCCUCAGGAUGGACUUCAUCUCUAUUUCCUACACACAAUACAUCCUACAGAAUCGUUGACACUUGCAACUCAUCCGCUGUCAUCGCCUCCCUGCUUCUAUACAAGCUUGACUUCAACCACAACUACCUACCACCAUCAACAUACCUACUAUCAUCAAUUUAGUCACCUAUCAAGCUUCUCAUUCAAUCAUGCCUGGUUUCUGGACUUGCUGUACCUGCCUUCACGGCCUUCACCAGAUCGAUAUUCAUACAGAGUGCCUGCAGUGCGGCCACCAACGCUGCCCCAGCUGCCCUGUCGACAACCGCGACGCCGAUAUGUCGUUGCACAGUUGCCACGAGAUGUCGCCGUACCCUUCUACUCCAGCACACUCAGCCUGCGCACACUCGCUAGACGCUCCCAGGCACAGACACGUGCCGUCGAUGAUGGACUGCCGAAACCCGAUCCCUCAGCCACUAUCAGUCUUCGGUGACGUACGGCGUCCCUUCCUGCAGGACCUGGCCGGCCAGCGACUUCCAGAGGAUCGGGCGCAGACGCGGGGGAACCUGUACUUCUGCUGCCAGUGUGGCGAUGGGCCAAAACUGUAUCAGAACCAGCCCCGUUAUCUACGACUACGUUGUGAUGUUGAAGGGUACGAGGUACCCGUGGGUCCCGCAUUUCUGGCAGGCAGAGAACAGACAGACGCCUUGUUGCCUGGCGUAGGAGGGGACUGGAUGGAACUAGGGUUUCGGGUCCUGCCCUCAGCAGCUUCGGUCAUCAGUGUAGGAGUAUACUGUCUCGUCCUCCUGGCGUGA